UGGAGCUCCGCCGCGCGGUCUCCUGCCAGCUCCGGUCUGCCCAGCGGCCGGCAGCGGGAGCGGGAGCGGGACGGGGACGGGAAGCGGGACGGGAAUGGGGACAGAGACCAGGGCGGGGACGGGGACGGUGACCGCCCGCCCUGCCCUGCGCCGCGGAGCCGAGACCGCGCCGCCGCCGCCGCCGCUGCUGCUGCUCCUGGGCCUGGGUCUAAUGCUCCUUCACUGUGUGCUGGCAGAUGGGAAUUCAACCAGAAGCCCUGCGACUCUCGACCUUCUCUGUGGAGAUCCUGUGGAAAACUGCACAGCCGCCACCACACAGCCGAAGCGGAAAGGCCACUUCUCCCGCUGCCCCAAGCAGUACAAGCACUACUGCAUCAAGGGCAGAUGUCGCUUCGUGGUGGCCGAGCAGACGCCCUCCUGCGUCUGCGAGGAGGGCUACACGGGGUCCCGGUGUGAGAGAGUUGACCUGUUCUACCUGCGAGGAGGCAGAGGACAGAUUUUGGUGAUUUGCUUAAUAGCAGUGAUGAUCAUUUUUAUCAUUCUGGUCAUCGGGGUCUGCACAUGCUGUCAUCCUCUUCGGAAACAUCGUAAAAAAAGAAAGAAAGAAGAAGAAAGGGAAGCUUUUGGUAAAGAUAUGACUCCUGUGAAUGAAGACAUUGAAGAGACUAGUAUCGCUUAGCAACCAUGAAGGCUUCUCCUGCGGGUCCAAGCUACACACUGCCCUGCUCCUUUGAAAAUGGACGGAACAUGUCUCAGGAAAACAACUCAGAAAUGAGCUUUACAUACUGUACUUGUUUUAUAUGUUAACUUUAGUUUGUGUCAUUUAUUGUUGUUUUUAAAUAAUAAUAAUAAUUUAAUUAUAGCCUAGCAAUUGGGAAAAAGCACCUGGUGAGGUAGCAACAAAAAGAAGCAACGUUUCAGUAAAUUUCCACUCAAGUUUUAUCACCAGGAUUGUUAGUCAAGUAAAAUAAAAGCGGGAAAGAGUUUAGAUUUUGGGAGAUUAAUUAAUACUAAAGUUACCAUUUUCACGUGCCAUGUGCUAAGGGUCUGAAUAUAUUACUUCAUUUGGUCCUUUCAGCAAUCUGUGAGAAAGACACUGUGAUUCUCAUUUCCCAAACAAGGAAAGAGUCCCAAAAAAUGAUGCAUAAUCUAGCUUACCUCUAGAGAGUUAGGAGUCACUGGGAAUUAAAACUAAGCCUUACCCUGCUUUGAAGUUGGUGCUUUUACUACCCUCUUCGCUCAUCUGGCUGGCAUCACCUAAGUCAGCAGCACAGGCUGGCAUUUCCUGCUGCGUCUGUACCCCUGACUGUCAAGGCCACAUCCCUGCAAGGACACAGGGCACAGAGCCCUGGCUGGGUGGGUGUGACCACUGUGUCUUUCUAGAGUUGACUUUCUUACCUUUCUUUUCUUCUCUAUAAAGUCUCAGUGACACGAAUGAGUUGGUACCUUAUCAAAGCCAACAGAUCUGUUCCGUAACUAGAGUAAUGAACAGAGCUGGGAAAGCAGAUGCGUGGCAUCCUUUAGGUCCUGCUGAAGUACGAACACCCAGCAGAGUAUAAAGACAGCCCUGGGAGAGACUGAGCCUACAAGGGACAGCACGUCAGGCCUCAGGCAGAACCUGGUGUGGUCAUACCCUCACUUCUGGUUGUUUCUCACAGCAGCCCACAGCGCUGGUCCAGGAGAGACUAGGUGCAGUAAUUUCAUGACUAGAGCAUCCGUUACCUGAUCAGUUCUGCCAGAGGCUCCUUCAGCCUCAUGGCCUAUUUAGUAAAGACUGUGCUAGCCCUGAAAAGGUAAAAUCUAGAUUUAGCCAGUAUUCCACAGGGUAUUCACUCUCCACCUUGAUAAGUUGAAUUGCUUAUGCAAACCAGUGAAAGAUGUCCCCAAAUUGCUGCAAUCUGUGGCCAUCAGCUAAGCAAUAUCUCCUUCCAAACCUUGGAUUCUGUAGCCAACAUGAAGCAGAGCGUUCACACCAAAAUCCAGUCACGCAUCUGGUCCCGUGUGCAGUAUUUGGGAGAGCCUACUCUGAGAGUUACAUGUAAUGCAGCAAAGCUUGGCUACUAGCAAGAGCACAGUCACACAAGUGGUGACAUUUGACAUCGGAUUAUUUUUCCUUCUGACUUAACCGCCACCCUUGAAGCAGGAUUGUACUCGACAUAUUUCAGUGUGAAAUAUGUUUUAUUUCCAAAGUUUCCUGUGGGCUCCUUUUGUCUGCUUUCCUCCUCAGUCCUCUUUGAUAUCGAGAAAGCUUGAGAGAAAUGCCCCUCAGAGCAUUGAGAAACACAAAGCAAGCCAGGAAUGUUUCUCUGCUGGACUGAGGUUGGCUGACCAACGAAGUCUCUCAGGCCAGUUCAGGCUUGGGAAGAUUGCUUUGAUUCUACUAUUUUAAUGAUGCCUUUUGAGAUUCUGAUAACAACACAAAAUUUCAAAGACUCAUAUCUUUUCAAAGUGUGUCUUAUAAUUUUUUUGCAUAUAUUAAAUGACUGCUUAUGUAAACUAUCAAUAUUAUGUCAUAAAAUAAAUUUAUUUUUAAAACAAAGCAAAUAUAUUUUUACUACUUGGGCAUUUUCUAUUGGUACCAUUAAUUGUUAAUAGAAAUAAAUUUGAAAAUUAUUGCUUUAAAAGCAUACUUUAUAGAAACCAUUCAUGCAUUUGAAAUGGUCUGUGCUGACUGUAUUUUCCUUAAACACGGAAGUCCGGGGAAGCCUGGUGCACACCCCUUGCUACGUCUGCCGGCUCCCAGAACUCGUCCUUGAGCUUCACCUCCAGCUGCAUGUGGUUGGUCUGAGGAGAACACUUAAUGAGGCCAGGCCACUUGGGGUCAUUCUGAGAAAACUGGAACCUUGACCUGAAGACCAUAUUCUUUGGGUUCCUGACAUAAAAUGUGUGUUUGAAGCUGUUAAUAGUUACAUUUUGUUUCCUGUGGACCAGGGAAGCAAAGGAACCUGAUCAGCAGAGAGAAAGGAAAGAUUUGGGCAAACACUCAGGGGAGAAGGGGUGGGAUGUACGAUCCCUGCAGACCGUAUCCUCUUUACAGUGUCGUUGGGGGUUAACUUCAUUGCUGCCCGUGGAUUUCACAAGACACUUCUGUGUCUACGACAGCUUUCUCGCUUGGCAUAAGCGACUUCUCCCCAGCUGGAACCAGGAUCAUGAUCAACUCAGUGGAUUCUGAGAUUGUGGACAGAGUUUCUUAUUCAGAAACGAUGCCCUCUAAGAAACUGAAGAGCAAGAUGUUGUUGUCACACAGUGCUGGGAUUGUGUUAGAGGAACAUACCUAGCGGUGAAACUCAUUUUUUACCAUGCAGCCAUUUUGGGGAGCACAGAGAGAGAACAGGUUUAGUAAGCAUGGAUCAGCACUGCUGUGUCCCGGAAGCUGUGCACCCUUGGGGCAGGACCCAGAAGGGAGUCAGACAUGGCCACUCCAGACCCCAGCUCUUAGCAGCUGACUAGGGGACCCGCUGUGCACAGAUCAUUUCAGUAUGGACUGGUGUGGCCGUGGCUGGUUUCAGGUGCCUGCUUGCAUGGAUUAAGGCAUACAGGAGCUCAGUGUUCAAUUAUUUGCUGUACAUGCUUUCAGGGAAACUGUCCUGUGAGUGUGCAGGGAUCGGUGGAUCCUCACCACCAUCAGGGCCUGGAGAGAACAUAUCCAGAAGGGACCCAGCCUUUCCUCUGGGAGGGAGGUAGAUUUCUUUUCUGCUCUCUUGGGUCUCAGAACUUCAGGCCCUUGGACCUUUGAACUCCAAGAUUUACACCAGCAGCCCCCAGAUUCUCAGUCUCUCAGCCUCUGACUGAAAGUUAUACCAUUAGUUCCUCUGGCUGUGAGGCCUUUGGGUCUGGACUGUGUGUGCCACAUUGCUCGUAUCCCCCAGUCUCCUGCCUGCAAAGGGGCUGUGCUGGGACUCUUCAGGUGCCUUGGUGGCAUGAGGCAAUUCCUUUCAGAAGUUCUCUCUUGGCUGGCUGAGUACACUUCCUGCUGUGUCACCCUGGAGAAGCCUGACUACUACAGGUGCUCUAGGAGAAGCUCAGGAAGGAAGAGGAUGUGGCAGGCAGAGAGAGGACCCGACACUCCGAGAGGACAUUACACCUGAGCUGAUGACGGGCUCUGAGAACUAAACAUCGCUGCCCCAAGUACUGUGCAAAUGCCCCUAGCUCUUGAGUCCUUAUCAAAAACUCCAGCAGUUGAGGGACCAAUGGGAACUGCCAUAAGGGAAUAAGUAGGGAAGAGGGUGGGGUUGGGGGCUUGGUGUUUUGUUCCAGGUGUCCUAGGCAUGGCAGGCAGUCUGUGGGUGCAGGGGUGGUGGAGCAAUUGUCCUGGAAUUGCUGGUGUUAUAGGAUUAUGUGAUAGGCUGAGUUAAACUUUUUACUUCCUGCGGUGAGUUAUUUAGGCCCUUCAAAUUUUCCUGUGAAAGAGCUUUUCAUUUCCUCUUUCAUUGCCUGUGGUCAGAGAAAUUUACAGAGAUUGAAGUAAAAUGUUAUGCAUCAAAUAAUUGCUAUUUAAGCAAGACCCAGUCUGUGCAAAGUUUUGUGAAGGAAGUCAAGGGCACAUUUCAGUGACUAUGGCUUGACUAUUAGGACACUGCCUUUAAAAGACCACAUUUGUUCUAUUCUGUGCCAGAUGGUUAAGAUAGCCUGGACAUCUUGGGGCAUUAUUACCAUUCAUUCAUUCAUAGACAAGUAUAAAGUCCCCAUUAAGUGUUCAUCAAGUGCCAGGUACUUUAGUUCCUGAGACUGAACCAGUUACAUAAAAUAUUUUAAAGACAACAACCCUGUAGAAUUUAUCGUCUAGUGGACCUAAUCUUCAUAGCAUGGAUUUUAAAACAAGACACAUCCAAGAAGUUGUGUUACCCAAAUGGCAUUGUCAUCAAGCGUAAACAAUUGUCUUGAAGUACACAAGAUGAACUCUCACAAGAGAACCCACGGGACAUCUGGAGUUGAAAAUUCCUCUUGACCCUGAAUAAUGUGCCUAUUGUAGAAAUGACUAGCAGGAGCACAAAAUGUACAACUAUGCUUCUUUUGUGUAAAAAUCUUUGCUUAUGCUUUUGUUGGCAAUACCUGAUGAGUAUUGGUGCUAUCCUGGGCAUCUGUUCUUCUUCAAAAACUGCUCCAUGCUUUGAGCAUUUCCUGCAGAGCAGGACUUGCAUAAAAGCCCAGGCUGUCUGUCUGCAUUGUCUCUGCACGCGGGAAUGUGUCUUAUAGUAACAUUGAGAUGGCAUGUCUGUAAGCCUUUCAUUCUUCCCUGGGACCUGUCAGGUAUUGGUGCUUAGAAUUCUUCAUUAGAAAUGUAUAUAAACUGUGUAUCUUCAUAAACUGCAACAGUAAUUACUGUUCAACAGGUAAAUAGUAGGAAUUGUUUCUGGAAAUUUCAAAAUGUGGAUUUCAAGGUGUGUUUAAUAUACAAUUAUGGUCAGUACUUGUGUUCUCAAAUAAAUAUUAGCCAAACAUGGUUUUAAAGGUC